AAGUUCUGUCAGAGCCUCCUUCUUCAUCACCUCCUCCUCUCUGGGCUGAAAAGAAGCGCAACUAAAUAUUUCUUAAGCGUCUGUCAGAAAUAUUUCAUUCAGAGUGAAACUAUUUACUGAAGAGGAGCAGAAACUUUGCUGACAGCCUGGAAAGACAAUACCUUGAAGCCCCAGCAGCGUGCCCAACAACGUGGUGGGGUUGCCAGCCUUUCUUCAAAGGGAAGAGAUGGAAUCCAGACUCCAAGUUAGCGGCGGGAUCCUCCAGGGCCACCCUGGCCACUGGCUUGCUCUUGUGUUUUUCUGGAAGACAACAUGAGACCCAAGCCAACUCUUCUGGUACAAUCCCACACAGCUAAGAAGGCUGGGACUCUUUCCAGUUUUCUUUAAAUAUCCAGACUGAUAGAGGUUUUUUCACCUCCGCUUUUUUGUUUUUUUUAGGACCGACAUUUAGCUGUUGUUGCAGUGAAAUGUGGAUAAUAACACAGCUUGGAUUUUAAAUUCUCCUUUUUAAGCUAAAUUGUUUUUAUCAGUGUGUAGUCUCUUUCCAUUAGAGCAAUAGUAAACAAGAGAGUCAUCAUGCCCAGGUCAAAAGCAAGACCCAAGUCGGCACAGGAAGACAUGUAUGAUGCAGAGGAGGCUCAGUCUCUGUAUUUGCAAAAAUGUUCAGAAAAGAGAUCUCCCCUGAGCAAAUACAUCGAGGCCGAGCACCAGCAAGCAGGACUCUUCUCUCUGUCUUCGUUGGAGGCCAUCGCUGACCUCCAGAAGAAGAGGAGGAAGAAAUGUGGUGCCUGCGUUCCCUGUCUUCGCAAGGAGAACUGCGGUACCUGCAGCAACUGUCUGAACCGCAAGACUGGCAAACAGAUCUGCAAGGAGCGUAAAUGUGAGGAGCUGAAGAAGAGGCAGAGUGACGGCGAUGCCAGCGAGGUGGGAUUUUCUGAAGACAAGAGUCACGGCUGUGUUGAACCCCCUGAAGUAGCAACUCAGACUGCUCACAAAGUCACUACAGUGGAUGGCCUCACAAACGGAGGCCAGAUGGAAAUUGGUUCACAUGACCGCCUCCAGGAAGGCACGUUGAGCCUGGAACUGGCCAAUGGGGUGAACCCCUACUGUAAUGAUGAUGAGGCAUCUUUGAAACCAGACGGGCAGAGGACAGGAAGAGAGCCUGAAAGGCAAUGCUGGACACCAGGACAGAGCAAGGUCAAUGGCAGCCAACAUCAGCAAUCAUGCUUGAGCAGCAGUGGUAGAACCUCCCCUGCUGAAAGGAUCCACCAUGCAGAUGUGGAAGAUGCCCAGAAUCUAAUGGCUUUUUCUGUUACUGCAAGCUCUUUACCCCUUUCUUCCGCUUCAUCUUGCCUUGUUAUCCAGCCUAAAAUAGCCCUAUUAUAUGAGAAGUUCACUCAAGAGACAUGUGCUGAUGGCGCUCAUUCCAGAGUGUCUGCAGGAGCUCCUGAAACAAGCUGCGAACCUCUGGAAGAUCUUGACAUCUUAAAAACAGCCCUGAGCCAAGCUAAACAUGGGGAGAAGCCCCCCAAAUGCAACUGUGAUGGGCCUGGUUGUCCAGACUACCUUGAAUGGUUGGAGAAGAAAAUUAAAUUAGCAACUAGAAGGGAUCACAGAUCUCACAAAAUAGUUGGUGAGGCCCCACAUUUGGAACAACCCCAUUCGCAGUCUCAGCCUCAUACCUAUCAGCAAGUGAAUGGUAUCCACCACAUGUCCAAUCAAUGUUUGGAGCAGCAGGAUGUCAAUCAAUACUCUCACCAAGACCAAGUGUCCUCCAAACCCCCUAUCCCUUGCUCCCCCCAGGUGCUCUCGAUAGCCAAGGAAAAGAACGUCAGUCUUCAGACCGCCCUUGCGAUAGAAGCAUUGACACAGCUAUCAAGCCCUCUAAGAGUCAGUUCUCCGGGUCAAACUUUCUUUAGAAAUAACUUCCAUAACCAACAAAACACACAAAACAUCACACCUAAUUUGAUCUCUUCCUCACUUAACGACAACUCCUCAUCACAAACCCAGUCUGUCCCUCCAGGAGUACAUAACAAUCAGCAGUCUCCAGCCUCAUUUGAAAACCAUAGACCCCAGUCACAGGGCCAUCCAGCCCGUGCUUCCCCUCUCCCAUCUUCUACCUCUCCCUUCCCAAGUCAGGUCAAAGCUGCAGGUUUCAAUUCUAAUCCUCAGCAGUGGACACAGGGCUCUGAUAGAGGUCCUGAACAGAGGCAUACAUUGAUACAUUUUAAGUCUGCAACUGCUCCACUAAAUUACUCGGACCCCAUGUCAGAGCUUAAACAGCUUCUUGGUGACACAAAGUUCAAAAAUGCUUCUUUUAAGCUUCCACUCUCACAGCAGCUUAACUUGAACCAGAAUGGUGGAAUUCAUGUCCAAGGUAAUCAAGUGUUGCCCAGGGUUAAACAAGAGCCAGACUCUGGUGAGCACUACCAUCACAACCCCCAAAGUGGACAUUAUGGAAUGUCAAAUGGUCAACAGCAGCAGCUUUAUCCUGGAAAUCUUAUGUCUCCAAGCCAAGCAGCCAUAAGUCAUUGCACUCAAGCAGCUUUGCAACAACACCUUCGUUACAAGAGAAAUCUGUUUCAUACUCACCCUUCUAGCUUUGGAACACCAGGCGCUCGUGCACCUAUGACUUGCCAAGACUUAAAGAAAUGGUGGCCACAGAUAGAUACAGAAGGUUUACCCCCUCUACCAGUCAAACAGGAACCUAAAAGGAGGAAAACCUCCCAAGGAUCUCCCAGUAUGCUUAUAGGUCCUCCCCAACCCAAGCCCAAACAGAUUAUCAUUAAGAAGAACAAACAGAAAGCCUCCAUGCCAACCUUUCUCCCUCAGACUCAAAUUGCUGUACAAAAAACAUCAAAUCAGAUGGUUGACAGAUCGCCAUCCUUGACAAAUUUGCAGAUAUGCUCUCUCCCCUCUUUGGCCCCCCUCAGUACAUCCACUCAGGCCUUUGCUGCAGGUCUCCCUGCCCCAGAAAAAUCUCAGGAAUCUAUUUCCAACACCUCACUAACUCCUUCUUCCACUGUUACAUCAGAAAAUGCUCCAGCUCUUAUGGACCUUUUGUCCACACCUGUGUUUCCUGCAGCUAUCACAAAAUCACUAGGUGCAGGCAUCAGCUUAACCUCCACUAAUACCUGCAGUGCCAUCCCUGUGACCUCAAGUCCUUCCAGCACCACACAACUGGAGAAAGUCAUUAACAUAGAUCCAAAGUUUGAAGAACUGAUUCGCCAAUUUGAGGCUGAAUUUGGAGACACAUCAAUGAGUCAGCACAAGGAGAAGAGCACUUCAACCCCUAUCCCCGAAAAUCCAUCCAAGAUUAGUCCUCAGGGCCUCAGUCCUACAUCAUCACACAACACCCAGUCUGUUUCCUCAAUUUCUACUCCUCAAGCCAACACCACACCUCAUUCAGAUGAUCAGCAAAUGCAGUUCAGCAAGAUUGAAUCAGAUACCCAAAGUGGAUUAACAGAUAGCCAGCCAUCCACAGAGGGGUCUUUGGGCAAUCAACAUAUGAGCCCCGUUGAUGUUUCGAUGAAUCAGGAAACCAAUUUGGUCAAGCAGCAGCUUCAUCGAAGAAUGCUAGAGGAUGUGUUGGGCAUACAAGACUCUCCACUCCCUAAAAGAAUUAAAAUUGAAGCCUCAGGAGAAUUAGCGGUACUGUCGACCACAUGCUAUUCUGAGGAGGGAACACCAAUAAAGGAUGGCCUAAAUUCUUCACCAUCUCUAAAAGGCUUUUUGGACUCCCCCUUGCGCUACCUAGACACACCCACAAAGAACCUGCUGGAUACUCCAAUCAAGGACCCACAAUUAGAUUUCCCAACCUGUACAUGUGUUGAACAAGUCAUUGAGAAAGAUGAAGGGCCAUACUACAAUCACCUGGGAUCAGGACCUACAGUAGCCUCGAUACGCAGCCUGAUGGAGAUGAGAUAUGGAGAGAAGGGGGAAGCCGUCCGGAUUGAGAAGGUGGUUUACACAGGCAAAGAGGGAAAGAGCUCCCAUGGUUGUCCAAUUGCCAAGUGGGUGAUUCGUCGAAGCAGUGAGAAAGAGAAAUUGCUGUGUCUGGUGCGUCAGCGUGCUGGCCACCACUGUGCAAACGCAGUCAUCGUCAUCGUCAUUUUAGCCUGGGAAGGCAUCCCAAGAGCCCUGGCAGACAAGCUUUACCAUGAGGUGACAGACACCCUCACAAAAUAUGGCAACCCCACCAGCCGACGCUGCGGGCUCAAUGACGAUCGUACCUGUGCCUGUCAGGGUAAAGACUCAGAAAAAUGUGGUGCUUCCUUCUCAUUCGGCUGCUCCUGGAGUAUGUACUUUAAUGGCUGUAAAUACGCCCGAAGCAAAACACCACGCAAGUUCAGGCUUCAAGGAGAUCAUCCUGAAGAGGAGGAGAAACUCAGGGAUAAUUUCCAAAAUCUAGCGACGGAGGUGGCUCCUUUGUACAAGCGACUGGCCCCACAGGCAUACAGCAACCAGUGUGCAGCAGAGCACCGAGCUCCAGAGUGCAGGCUGGGUUUGAAGGAAGGCCGUCCGUUCUCUGGAAUCACAGCUUGUAUGGACUUCUGCGCCCAUGCUCAUAAGGACCAGCAUAACCUGCACAAUGGCUGCACAGUGGUGUGUACUUUGACUAAGGAGGACAACCGAAAUGUAGGGGGGAUCCCUGAAGAUGAGCAGCUCCAUGUGUUGCCACUGUACACAGUAUCACUUACAGACGAGUUUGGCAGCGCAGAGGCACAGCGCCGCAAGAUGGAGACUGGAGCCAUACAAGUACUCCAAGCUUUCCGUCGUGAGGUACGCAAGUUACCCGAGCCUGCUAAAUCUUGCCGACAGCGUAGGCUGGAUGCCAAGAAGGCUGCCUCAGAGAAGAAGAAAAAUAAGCUCGCACAGCAGGCAGGGGAAACACCUGAGAAAACAGUGAUCAAGACUGAACGGUGCAUCACCAACUCUCCUCACGUAUUGGGCAAUAAAGAAAUGAUAAAACAGGAGAUGAAGCCAAACAUCAAGAUGGAGCCCCUUAAUGGAUCAAUAGACGGAUUCCCUGUGCAGGCGUCAGACCCAUUCAAUAACAUCUAUCAGAAUCCUGCCUACUAUGCAAGGGGAGCCCAUUCCCCAGCAGGCCAGCCCUCUACCGCAGACACAGUAAAUGGCUACCACCCCGAUUUGCCAGCAAGACCCUAUGGCUACUACAACCAGCGCCGAAAUACCCUUUUUGGGCCUGGGAUGAAGACGUAUAGUCGAAGUAAACAUUUUGAUGCAGAUAGAAAGUCUGACCUUCAGAGCCCUCAGGGCCAAUUGCAUCAGUCUUCAAUCAGCCACCCAGAGCAAAACAACCAACAAAAUAAUAGCUCUUAUAGCCAGCCUGCAAACUAUAACCUGUCCCGUCCUUCUUCUGUCUCCUCUGAGACCUCCAACAGAAGCACACCACUCAUCAAACAAGAGCCCAUGGAUGUGCCAGUCUAUGAAGGUGCAUUACCAAACCAGUCGUGUGCCAAUACAUCAAGAAGCACCCCUCAGCCUGCGCAGUGGCCUGGUUAUAAGAUUAAUGGAAGCAUUGUUCCAAAUAACUGGGAUGGCCAUAUAAACCGUGGACAAAGUCCUGAUGUCUCCUCAAUAAAUGUAGACAAGCAGCAAUUUCACCAGCAUGCCCAUCAGCGUCAGUCGUCCCCUUAUCCUCCACAGUGGGUAUCCCUCCCUGGCUCAACCCCCCACAUAGCCUCUACCAAUCCAACACUCCAGGUACCUGCAUCUCCACCUUCAUCUCCUCACCUUGGCACUGGGUUCCAGGAUAACCUAUACCGAGGCUCCAUUUGCCACAGUGCUCCUUAUCCGGGUACACCACAACCUCUUACCUCACACUCAGGUUCAAUGACUCCAAAGCCUGGUACCCCAGGUCCAGGCACCAUAGUCACUGGCAUUCCAGGUCCACCCAAUUCUCGCACUGGAACCCCAGGUCCAAGUACCCAAGGUUUAAGCACUCUACGACCAGGCACUCCGGGCCCAUCCACCCCUCGCACUGGAACCCCAGGUCCAAGUACCCCAGGCUUAAACACUCUACGACCAGGCACCCCAGGUCCAGCCACCCCAGGCCCAAUGACCCCAGGACAACCUACCAAUAGGCACUGGGCUAGUCCUGCUCCUAGCCCUCAGCCAAAUCCUUGGGGUAUCGGACCUGGAGCUUAUAGCCCCGGUUUGAAACACAGCAGUGUGGCAGGAGCCUAUCCUGAUAAGAUGUGGUCAAAGACUGGGGAGAAUCGGUGUUCCACUCCCCUGGGGAUCCAAGAAAAGGCCUGGAAAUCUUGUGGAGGAUCAUUUGCCGGCAGCACCCCAUCCCCUGCACCAGAGGGUCGCCUGUUCCCUGACGUGCUGCAACAGUCUGAUCAGGCCCAUUACGACCCCUGUCGAGCUGAGAGUGACAUUGAAAGUUCAAAACAUCGUGAGGAAGAUGAUGAGGUGUGGUCUGACAGUGAACACAACUUCUUGGAUCCCACAAUCGGUGGUGUUGCAGUAGCACCAGCCCAUGGUUCCGUCCUCAUAGAAUGUGCCCGUCGGGAACUACAUGCUACCACUCCACUUAAGAAACCUGAUCGUACCCAUCCCAGUCGCAUUUCCCUGGUGUUCUACCAGCACAAGAACCUUAAUCAGCCAAUGCACGGCCUGGCCGUGUGGGAGGCCAAAAUGAAGCUGUUGGCAGAGCGAGAACUACAGAGGCAGCAGGAAGCAGCUCUCCUUGGCCUCUCCCAGGAAGACAUCAAGGCACACGGGAAGAAACGCAAAUGGGGGUCUCUGUUGGCAGGUGCUAGUCCAGGACCUGGGCAGUCUAAAGACAAGAAGGAUGGCCCAGUGACACGGUUAUCUCACACGUUCUACACCACCUCUAUGGUAACUGUGUCUCCCUAUGCCUUCACUCGUGUCACUGGGCCCUACAGCCACUUUGUCUAAGGGCAAGACAGACACAGAAAGACUGAAAGCCCUAAAGUGGUGCAUUGGACAAGUAGGGAAGGCAACAAGCAAAACGGAAAUGUCUGUUUGCUGUUUUACAGUCUGGCAUCUCUCCAUCCAGCCCUCUUCAACAUCUAUAAGGAGAGGACGUUUUUAUUGUUUUUACCUCAUGUCAGGCAGUGGUUUGGGCUGCAGACACACUGCCUGUGGUGCUCUUCCUCUCUCAUUUCUGGAGAGGAACUCCAUUGCUUUUUUUCUUGUUCAUAAAAUUUUAAUGAUUCUAAUUAUUGCUAUUAUUAUGAUUGCUAUUGUUACUGUCAAUGUUGUUAUUACAGGUAUUAUUAUAAUGAACACUUGUUUUUUAUUGCUGUUUUCAUUAAUGUUAAUAUUAAUGGGAUA